ACCACCAUGGACUCUCAUUACAAUCAAAAGCGAAAGUGGUUCAAAUAAAACAAUUGACUUUUUAGUUUCUAUGUAUUGCUGUCAGGCAAAGCCAUAAUCUGUUCUCCUCUGGUUUGCCCUUGUUUGAUUGUGUGGAAUCUGAUUCAGUCAACAUGAAGCUUGUGUGUCUCUCAGACAACCCCAGCAAGCCAUGCUUCAUUCUGUUCUUCAAGGGGGUCCGUAUUAUGUUGGACUGUGGUCUCGAUAUCAAGCAGCUGUUGCACUUUGUACCUCUUCUGGUUGUUCCUGGAUUUCAAGUGUCCAAAGCCAGGAGCUGGGCCCAAGGUGGAGACCGAAGGACACGAGUGCCUGAUGACAUAACACAGGAGCUGAAGGACUGUGGAGGUCGUCUUCUGGUGGAUGGUGCCCCGGAGUUUGCCAUUCCUGAAACGGACAUGGUGGAGUUGUCCUCCCUUGACGCCAUUCUGAUCUCCAGCUACAGCUGCAUGCUGGCCCUGCCCUACAUCACAGAGUACACGGGAUUCCGCGGCACCGUCUACCUCACAGAACCCACGCUGCACAUCGGCAGACAAUACAUGGAAGAACUGGUCAAGUAUGUGGAGAGGAAUCCCAAAUCUGCCGUGGCCUCAAAGUGGAAGCAAGAGAAUAUCAUCAAAAGCCUGCCUGCACCUUUGAGAGACGCCAUCAACCCUAGACAGUGGCGCAAGUUGUAUACCCUUCAUGACAUCAACUCGGCCCUCUCCAAAGUGCAGCUUGUUGGCUUCAGUCAGAAAGUGGACAUCUUUGGCUCCCUCACAGUGACCCCCGCCAGUUCCGGCUGCUGUAUUGGCAGUUGUAACUGGAUCAUCCAGUCCACAUUUGAGAAGAUUUGUUAUGUUGCAGGCACGUCCACCCUCACUACACACCCUCGGCUGUGACUGUAAAGAACGGAGGCAACGUGCUGGUGCCAUGCUACGCCAGCGGGGUGACCUUUGACCUCUUUGAGUGCCUGUCGGGACACUUGGAGCAGUGUGGCCUGGCGGGCGUGCCCAUGUACUUCCUGUCCCCGGUGUCGGACAGCACUCUCGCCUACUCCAAUAUCUUUGCCGAGUGGUUGUCAUCGAGCAAACAGUCAAAGGUCUUUCUGCCUGAAUGUCCAUUCCCUCAUGCAGAUCUGCUGGCCAAAGGAAGACUGAAGAAUUUCUCCAGUAUUCAUUCUGGCUUGACCACCGACUUCCACACCCCGUGUGUCCUGUUUGCCGGACACCCCUCCCUGCGGAUGGGCGACAUUGUCCACUUCAUCGAGCUCUGGGGAGGCUCAGCUGCCAACACCAUCAUUUUCACAGAGCCAGAUUUUCCACAUUUGGACGCCCUGGCACCAUUCUUGCCCUUGGCUAUGAGGGUUUGCUACUGUCCCAUUGACACCAGUUUGAACUUCUCCCAAGCCAACAAGCUGAUCCGUGACCUCCGACCCCUGCACCUGGUGGUGUCGGAGACCUACAUGAAGCCGCCCGUCCUGGAACCUCUGAGGAAUGACCUCACUAUAGAGUUUGAGCCAUCACCACUGACCUACAAGCAAGGAGAAGUCUUGUCUUUACCCGUCAAACGCCAAUUCGAGACGGUGGAAAUGGAAUCUGAGCUGGCCAGUACCCUGGAGCCUGUGGAGGUGAAGCCCGGCGCUGCCGUCUCCAUGGUAACGGCUUCUCUUGUCUCCCGUGACAACAAGUAUAUUCUCAAGCAAGGAUUCACUUCCCUGAAGGUGGAGGAGAACGAGUCGGGCUCCAUCAUUCAUUUGAUGAAGGAAGACUCUCUGAUCCAGGUGGACGGGAGCUCCACACACAUCAUCUGUGACAGCGAGGAUGUCAGACUCCGGCUCAGGGACGUCAUGCUCAAGUGUCUCAAGCAACUCUGAUGGAGAUCUGCUUCCCCGCUCAACAGACACACGCGUGCCCACACACAGACAUACACACACACACACACACAUCAUCUGUGACAGCGAGGAUGUCAGACUCCGGCUCAGGCACGUCAUUUAAGUGUCUCAAGCAGCUCUGAUGGAGAUCUGCUUCCCCGCUCAACACACACACACACAAACAUACACGCACAUCCCUCCCUUCCCCUCCUCCACACUCACAAGGACCUGCUGUUCUAUUGCCGACUAACGAGGAAUAUGCAUCGGGGGCUGUCUGGUUUGACUGUACUGUAUGUAUAGAAGAAGUGCAGUGGGGGAAUGGGAAGUGGUCAUUUGUACAGGUGAUCUGAUUGUCUUGGACAGUUGGCAAUUGAAUUUGAGGUUAGAAGUUCGAUUGUGUAACCCUCCAACUCCUUUAUGCACCACAACAGUCAUAGCAGGUCAUUUCCUGUUGCCGUACUGAGAGAUGUAAUUAUCCAAAGUGACUCCCAACCCAGAUCAUGUUGCACACUAGGUGCAGUUCAAAUUCAAAAUGAGUGGGGGGAGCGCGCCUGUAGGUUACUUUUACCAUGCCAGAAUGAGAGAGAAUGUGUAUGGAUGUGCAAAAUGGCAAAUGAAUGUUCUUGUAAGUUCUAUUGUCACCUUACUCAUUUUCAUUUUGUCAAUAUGAAAUAAAUCACUAUUGUUACCGGAA